GAACCGCCAAAGAAGAAGAAGAAGAAGCAGAAGGAGGAGAAGGAGGCGGCGUGACGUCGCUGCCCGCAGAGAGAGGCCCGUGCGGGAGCGAGAGGGACGCGCCGUGCAUGUGGAGGUGGGGUGAGGGGGGUGGAGGAGGAGGAGGAGGAGCACCAGCAGCAGCACACGCGAAACAAACCCGACCGCCGCGGUAACUUUGCAGAGACGACGGACCGCCAUAAUGCGGGCACCGACCCCGGAGCUGAUGUGACGGUGCACGCCCCGAGAGCAAGGGAGUACGCGGCGGACACCACAACCGCUCCCCCUUCCACCCCUCGGUCGGUCGUCGGACUGGUCUGGAGGACGAGGGCGAGGAGGAGGAGGAGGAGGAGGAGAGGACAUGUCCUCGCUAACCGUAGAGGAGGACCAGAAAUGGUUCCCCACGCACGUGCAGGUGACGGUGCUGCGGGGCAGGGGCGUGCGGGGCAAGGGCAAGCACGGCACCAGCGACGUGUACACCAUCAUCCAGCUGGGGAGGGAGAAGUACUCCACCUGCGUGGCGGAGAAGACCACCGAGCCGGAGUGGAGGGAGGAGUGCUCCUUCGAGCUGCAGCCCGGCGUGCUGGAGACCGGCUGCCCGGCCGGAAGCAACGAGCUGGUCCUCGUCGAAGAACAACAGGGAGUCGAUGGGACCGGAAGUGUUCUUGGGGACAGGCGGUGAUCCAGCUGGCCAAGCUCUUCACAGGAGAGCAGGGUCGUGAAAAAUGAGUGGUACAAACUCAACUCCAAGACGGGGAAGAAGGAGAAGGAGCGAGGAGACAUCCAGGUCACGGUGCAGUUCACCCGCAACAACCUGACGGCCAGCAUGUACGACCUCGUCAUGAAGGACAAGGGCGCCUCCACCUUCGGCAAGCUGAAGGAGCGCAUCAAGGGCAAGAAGAGGUGCAGCGAGGAGGACUCGGCGCCGGCCGCCCUGCCGAGCGGCUACGGCUCCCUCGUGCGGAUGCGGCAGCGGUUGCCGAGCGACGGCGGCGGGGAGGAGGACUACGAGGACGACGAGGGGGGCGAGGCCCGGCGGAGCAAGAUGAGGACCUUCUUCCUGAGGGGGAAGCUGAGGAAGUCGUCGGACACUCGCUCCAGCACGUCGCUGGGCUCGGAGAGCAGCGAGUCGUCGUCGCGCGGCGGCAGCCUGAGCCCCACGGCCGGCAUCAGCGUGGUGGUCUCCGACCUCUCCAACUCGCCCAGCAACAGCAGCAACCUGACGGCGGACAACAGCCCAGAUCACACCAAGUCGUCCUCUCUCAUAUGCGAGUUCGGCGACGACGACGACGGGGAGAUCACCAUCGCGGUGCCCCGGCCCGCCGCCAACGGACGCCUCCCUCGCGGCGUCCGGCCCACGGACCCGGGGAAACCCGCGGCCCCUUCGGGCCUGGCGCCGCUGCAGAGGUCUCUGCCGCUCUCCGUGUCUCUGCAGAACCUGCGGCCUUCCACGGACCUCCUCAAGAGCCCCGCGGGCGACGGGCGCCGCUGGUCUUUCGACAAGCCCUGCGAAGAGGAGAAGGCGGCCAUAGCGGCGGCCCUGGAGCAGAGCGGGCCCAUGCUAGGAGACGAGGAGGAGGAGGAGGAGGAGGAGGGGGGGCAGUUUGCUCCGCCCGGAUCGGCCUCCUCCUCCAGGGUGGAGUCGGGGAAGAAGCCGAGGAGCGACAUGUUUACCCAGCGACAGGAUGAGUCCCAACAGGCAGGCGAGCAGAAACACAAGGGCUGGUUUGGAUCAAAAGACUCGCACGCCAAACCCAGCCUGGUGGUGUCACCUAAACUAGAGCCCAGCACUGACCCCCGCCCACCACCCAGCCCCCCGGGUGCCCCCGUAGACCCCGCCCCUCUGGUUUCCCCCCUCCAUCACACUAACCCUUUCUCCCACUCACAGGCCGCAGCGCCUCCCAUAUCGCCCCGCAACCCCUUCUUCUCUCUCCUCCAGCACAACCCUUUCUAUGGCGCCACGCUAACCGCUCAGCCCCUAAAGCCUCCGCUGCCUCCUCUGCCCCAUCUCUCCAGCGCCCGGCCCCCCAUAGCGCAACUCUUUCCGCAGACGCGCGCCGACCCGCCCGCGGAGGCCGCCGCCGCCGCGAUGGACGAAGCCGGGGAACGACCCCUUGAAGGGGAGGUGCCGGCGAGCGUGAAGCUGCCCGGCGCCUCUGCGCGUGCCGGGGAGGUGGACCCGGACUCUGAGUGGGACGAAUGCUUCGACGCCUUCGCGGCCGGCCGGCUGCAGUCUCCUGAGGAUCCGACCGCCGGCAAAACGCAGCGGAGCGAUGCUCUGAACGCCGACGACGGCGCAUCACUACCCGCAACGGAGGCAAACGCCAACGAAGCACUACGCCGCCGACCUUCCACGGGGUCGGCGCCCGAUGCACAAAGAGCCGUGUUCCAGGUGACCGGCACGUAUCAUUCUGACACGUUUGCACAAUUCCUCGAGACGAUCCCGGAGCACGAGAGCUUUGACAGCGACAACGUCCCGCUAAGUAACUCACCAGAUGCUUGGCUCCAAGCUAAUCAAGCUAACAGUGCUACUAACGAUCUAAACCACACUAAUGCGCAUCGGGCCCCCUCCGGCCCCCCGUUUGUAGAGCUCAGCAGCAGCUCCCCGGAUCCCGGUUCUUCUGGUAUCGGCAGUUCAGAAGCAGAAGAGGAAUUCGUCUCCUGCCCGUCGUCGUUUUCAGACAAAUUCUGUGCGUCCUCCUCCGAGGAAGCCGAGGUACGACUCGUUGACAGCGACAUCCUCCGCUUUGAGCGAUCCUCUGACCCGUCGGUCGUAAGGCCCUCGGAAUCGGAGGACGACCCAAACGACCGGUCCGCCGAUCUGUCCGCAGCCGACGUGGGUCAGCGCACCGUCAUUCAGCACGGCGAGUCCUCUGAAUCGUCACCGGCACCGCAGACCCCACCGCUUACGCCUCAGCAGCACGAGAUCAACGCCGCUCCUCCGUCACCAAACCUCUCCGGCGCCGAGCGGCUUCCGGAGCUGCAGCCGAAGUCCAAAGAACCUUCACAGUUCACCGCUGAAUUAGACGGAUCUGCUCAGGAUUUCUUUGAUACCUUUGCGCCGGUCAGCGACACCGCGGGCGUGAUGACGUUCACGACUCCAGAGGGUACGCUGGCACACCCCUCGCUGCGUAUCAUAACCUCCUCGCCUGAGGCCAGCCUGCGCUCCCCGAACCCAUUCGGCUUUGUGGGCGAUCUCCUCAACGCCAGUAACAUGGCGAGCGGCCCCGGCCGAGACUUGGGCGGCGCCUCGCUGGCCGCGCGGGCGUCUGAUCAGAGCGGCAGCAGCGUGUUUCUGCAAAGUUUCUGUGCCAGCACGGACUCGCAGGACUACCAAACCUGCGCGUCUCACCAGACCUCAAAGUGCUCCAGCGGCCCGGAGCUGAACGAGACGCCGCGCUCGGCCAACUCGACGCUCUGUGGCGAGCUGAGCGACACGCACGCGACCUUGCCGGCCGCCGCUUUGGGCCUAGACGGUUCCACCGAUGCGUACAUGCCACGUGGCGAAGGACUUGCCGGAUGGGAUCGAUUCGCGGAGAUGUGGCGGCAACUCUCGAGCCAUGUUUCGAUGGCGGAGGCCUUCGGUUCCCCCCCGGCGAGCUGUAACCUGGAGACGCUCGCCGAGGGAGGCGACAGAAGACGGCACGUCGUCUCAGGCGACGCGUCGCCGAAGCGCCGCGAGGCACCGAGCGCUCCGCUGAACCGCUCGCAUUCUGAAGGCGAACUCACACCCGCCUUUGACGGACUCCUCCUGCUGCCGUCCUUCGGGAGCGACCCCGGCGCGGCACAGGAGGCCCCGCCCCCAGCUCAGCCCGGCCCCCGCCUCCCCUCGCUGACCUCCUUUGCUCCCUGUCUAACUCCUCAAAGCAGUAGCUCCCCUGUCGCGCGCUUUUCCCUCCCUCCCCCCGCCAACGCCACGGCGAGGCCGCCGCGCGCACCGCCGCCGCCGCCGCCAAGGCCAGUACACGAGGAGCCGCCGACUCGGCAGCAGCAGGCAGCCAAUCAGGAGAACAGCCCCCACCCGGUGAAGCUGAGCGCCGCCCCGCCGGCCGAGGAGAGGCGGACCGAAGGCCGGUCGGUGCUGGAGAAGCUGAAGUCCAGCAUCCACCCGGGGAGGAGCAGCGAGCAGGAGGCGGACAGGAAGAAGCAGCCCGUGACGGAGGGAGCGGGCUCGUACUACCACCUCAACCACCGGGAGCUGGUCGCCAUGCUGGUGGAGCGGGAGGCGGAGCUGGAGCGGCAGAAGGCGGAGUUCGAGCGCCAGAAGCUGGCGCUGGCCAAGCGGGAGGUGGAGCUGAGGAAGCUGAAGCCGCAGGUCAAAGACCUGGAGGACUACAUCGACACGCUGCUGGUGCGCAUCAUGGAGCAGAAGCCCACCCUCCUGCAAGUGCGCUCCAAGUUAAAGUGACGGGGAGAGAGAGAGACGGGGGUCUUUUCACUGCUGCGCUUGUCCUUUUUGAUACAGACGCGUCGGGGGGGGCGAGCUAACCCUCGUCCCCGUUGGAGGCUCUGGUUCCCGGGGCGGUUCUGAAUGUAGCGGGUCCUCAGGUUGUUUUCAGGUUCACACAGCCGGUUGGUUUCGAGAUGCAUCCAUUUGUAUGGACCUCGAUUGUGGAGACAGUGAUUCCUUCUGCUCACUUCUGUCACCGUAUCACAAGAGAAGCGUCCGACCGACUCCUCGCAAUGUUUUUCAAAGGUAUUUUUUAAGAAGUGUUGCGGUUCCGUGGGGAAAGGAGAGCGAACGACUGGUGGUUUUGCAUGUUUCAGACCAUUGACCACAAAUUGCACAGUUUGAGUCAAUGUUGGCCGUUUCUGCAGGAAACCAUCAGAGUUUAGAUUGAUUUUAUAUCUGUUUAGGCAGCCAUUGGUUUAGCUUCAUUUCAAUGCAGCAUGCAGAGACCUGCUCAGGAGAAGAAUCUAUCACAGGGGAACAUUUACUUUGAUUUUAUAGUGAUGCAGCGAGAGCUGAAGGAGGGUUCGGUUACCAGAGGACAUCGCUCUCAUAAGCUUGUAGGGCAGCAACUUUAGUUAUUUAAAAUCUAAAUUAAUCUACUGAAUAAUAAGGUGAUGUAAUUAUAAAAUGUUUGCAUCCUGAAAACUGGUUAAAA